AUGGAGGCUUAUGGGUCUGCGCUAGGUCCUCGGCAUAUAUGCUACGGCUGUGUAACUUGGUGUUCUUGUGGGAUUCCUAACAGUGCGAAAACCAGAGGAGAGCAGAGCAGUUUCAAACUGGUCUUGGUGACUAAGGAAGUCCUGGGGCUACCAGAGGAUGAGGAAGAGAAGAAGAAAAUGGAGCAGAGCAAGGCAAAGUUUGAGAAUCUCUGCAAGCUCAUGAAGGACAUGUUGGAUAAGAAGGUUGAAAAGGUUAUAAUCUCCAAUAGGCUUGUUUCUUCACCCUGAUGCAUUGUGACAAGCACCUAUGGCUGGACAGCCAACAUGGAGCAGAUCAUGAAGGCCCAGGCACUGAGCGACAACUCUACAAUGGGCUACAUGAUGGCCAAAAAACAUCAAGAGAUCAAUCCUGGCCACCCCAUUGUGGAGCUCCUGUGGCAGAAGGCUGAGGAGGACAAAAAUGACAAGGCUGUCAAGAACCUGGUGGUGCUGAUGUUCUUGAAUUUUUCCAAUGAUUUUUUUUCCAAUGAUUUUUUUCAUUUCCUCUCUGUAGGCCUUUGA